CACCAAUCUCAUGUAGGCCUAGCCUACAUUUAUGACAGCACCUCUGAACGUGUUUCCAAUUUAACUCAUCAAACAGCCUUAAGACAAAAGUAUCUGAUGACGGGUUAUAAAGGCGCAUUCAGUUCUGUCCAGAGGAGCUCGCUAAAUGUCACGGAUCAUGCGUUUAUAAGGUGCUCGAAGCCCGACUCCUGCUGAUUCCAUUGACAAUAAUGCCAGCGAAAGAUCCGCUUAUCGAAACACUUAAAGUGUGCAUUCUGAAUUUAAAAUCCGAAGGCACAGUGACUGACUCCAGCCCACACCUGGCGUCCUGCUGUGAGCUCCUGGAACUUAUACUGCGAAAGGGACUACAACAGCCUGUUCUCAGCUUGGCACAUAGAGAUUACUGGCAUUGUUUUGAACAGCUUCUACAGCACGACACAUGUGGCAGGUUGAGUUCAGUCUCUUUGGCAGUGCAACAGACUGCAGCCUGCACCAAACUUAUUACCUCUCAGGGCCGAGGACGCUUCUUCAUACGUCUGAUACUGAUAAGAAGAACUCUGGGAAAUGUUGUAAAACAUAUAUUACACACAAACAGAGUAAUAGAGUGGUACUGCCCUAACAUUGCCAUUCUGAGAAAUCAGGAGUUUGUUGAACCCUUUCUCUCAUUGUCUAUGGUAUUGUCAGAAAUGGACUUCAAGCUUAGUAUUGAGAACUGCAGCUUCCUGGAUGAAAGCUGGCUGCUUCCGGUCUGUCAAAUCUAUGAGGCUGUUCCAUGUCGGGAGCUGGGCAUGGUGCUCAGGUACCUAGAUGGACGUGUGUUUGUGUUGGACCUGCUUCGCGGUAGUCAAGCUCAGGUCGACAUGUUUACCAAGCCUGGUGACAUCAUUGAUGAAAUCAAUGGAAUAUCACUAAGGAAUGCCAGUAAUGGACAGGCAGGUGUGGUUCUUUCGAAGCUAAAGGGUCAGCCACUUUCCAUUCGUCUGAUCCGAUGGAGAGGAGGAGAUGGAUCCAUCUAUCAGCCUUUGGUCAAACACUUACGGCAACUCGAACAGGAAAAAUCAACACUUCAGUUUGGUACAAAACCAGCCUCUCACCAGGACAGAACCAUGGAUCAGAGUAAAGGCCAGACACCGUGUGUGAAAGAUGGCAGGAUCCUGUAUGGUGUGCACUUCCUUGGAAAAGCAAAUAUAGGAAUGUAUGGAGAUAAGGAGGUUUUGCAUCAUGCUGUUCCUGUUGUCCUGAAGAGCAGACAGGCGAGAAAGGAAGUACUGCUGGAUGUAAAGGAGACACACCUUACCUGCACAGAUAAGACCAAUGAGCAGGAGCUGUUUCAACACCACUUCCCAGAGAUCUCUUGUGUUGGAAGAUAUGGAAACCAACCCGAUUUAACCAUUUUUGCUUUUUGUGUAUUAGAUACACUGCAUGCAGGCAAACCAUCAGGCUUCUGUUGUGUGGUCCUGCAGGCUGCCACAAGUAGUGAAUGUGAAGAAAUUGUUAACCGUAUAGCGGCUGGGUUUAAACAUACAGAAUGGUUUGUAUGAAAAUACCUCAACACUUGAGUGGACUGGAGAUCUUCAGAAGUUUAUAAAUGUUUCUUAAUACAAUAUAUUUUAUUGUUUUUAUUAUCAUAUAUGACACAAGAAUAUUCUAAAAACAUUAUUGUAAAAACCUGUAUCUGUGGAAAAUAAUGUUGAUUGAAAUACUCAUAUGUCUCAUUUUGUGUGUUUAUUUUUAUCUUUUGCAUUAGAAUUUACAUUUAAUAAUUUGUAUGGACGGAUACAUUUUAGAAAUAUUUUGAAAGAUUAGAAAGAAACAUUUCUCACCAUUUGUGAUAUUCAUAUAUCCUUUUUAACCUUACCAUAAUAGCACAAACUCACUUCACUUCAACCUAUGAUAUGCUACAAAAUCUUCUAAACAGGAGUCAAGUAGCCAUAAUCUUGCCAGCAGUUUUUUAUUUAUUUAACAUUGCCUUAUGCAUCAUCUGUUGCUUCAUUAUGUUUUGCUUUUUG